AUGGGCGCUGUCGAACUCACCUACCAGGAUGUUGCUGAGCACAACACCAAGAAGGACAUCUACAUGGUGAUCCACGACAAGAUCUACGACUGCACCAAGUUCGUCGACGAGCACCCCGGUGGCGAGGAGGUUCUUCUUGACGUCGGUGGUCAGGAUGCCACCGAGGCUUUCGAGGAUGUCGGACACAGCGACGAGGCCCGCGAGACCCUGGACCAAUUGUACCUCGGUGACCUGAAGCGCCAGCCCGGAGACCCUGCCCCCAAGAAGCAGGUUGCCGCCAGCAGCUCAGCUUCCAGCACCGAGAGCCCCGGCUUCGGCAUCGGCCUGUACGCCGUUCUCCUCGUCGGUGGCGUCCUCGCAUACGUCGCCUACAACUACCAGCAGCAGCAACAGCAGCAGUCCGCAUAA